UAACUAUGACGUCAAUCUGCUCAAAUCAGUCAAGUCGACCAGCAACUUGGCAGUCAGUAGUGAGCAGUUAGCCAGUGGUAGUGUGGCAGGCAAGUUAAGCAUAGUUCAGCUCGCGGCUGCGUAAUCAGUACUCCUGAGAUUAUUAAGUUGGUAUUCGCGCGUGACCGCUAAGCGUAACACGAUGCGGCUCGUCAUCAGGAGCCGCUGACAGAUUAUUUAGACAGGAAUAAGUUCAACUCUUUUUCUUUCUCUAUUUGAUUUACAUUUUACAAUCUCGUAAAUUUCGGAUUGCUGGGCAUUCGCGUAUUUCUACACGAAUACGAAAACGAUAUAAGACUCCACCAAUAGAAAUAACUGAGAUAGGAAGCGUGAGAAGCAGUCAGUGAGUAGUUGCCGGCCACAGCGCCGGUGAUGCCUUUUCAUAACAUCAGACACGUUGACACAGUCGCAUUGAACUAUAGCAGUAACGCAAUGGCACCUCUUUCGCCAAAUAUAUCACGGCACUACUUCAAUGGUGCCUCAGACUCGGCGAAUUCUAACUUAAGCAGCACUCCCAAAUUUAGCUCAUACAGAUCCAGCACAAGUGCGACCUCUGUAUCCUCCUUACAUGAGCGUACUGGCUACGGCCACCGACUUACAAGGUUAGCUACCAGCUCUUUGCCAAAUUCGCAGCAGCGUUAUAUGCUAAGUUCAUCGACGAAUCUUGAUUUCAACAAGUGCUCGCCCAAUAUCUAUAUGCACAAAAUCCAACGUACUGCCAGCCAAUCUGAUACGUCAAAUCUGAUUAACAAGAAUGAAAUUGGUACAGACUUUCUUCCAGUGCAACACCGUUUGCGUAUCAAUAACGAAGUAACAAGCAACGGGCACAACAACAAUUCACGAACGCUUGGAAUCGCAUGCCUAAUUGACAAUAACAAUGAUGACGAUGAUGUUAACGGUCGUAGCGCUAACCCGACAGAUGCAGAUGACGUAACUGACAACAAGAACAAGGUCGAACCUUCUUCUUAUGCUAACCCUUCGUUUAACUGCAUGGAACCACUCGAUACUAAGAGCGCAAAUAAGUUCGUAGCACAGGUGCCAACUACAACACAGCUGGCAACAUCAGUGAGUGCAACACUAGAGACGGCUUCAGCAUCUACGAGCGAAUAUGGAUCCACUGGGAAAUCUAAUGUCAAAAAUCGCUUAAAGAAUACAGGAGAUAAUCGGUGCGGUCUUAAUGGCUUACGAAAUAUCGGCAAUACAUGUUUUAUGAACAGCGUAAUACAAUGUCUGAGCAAUACAAGACCUCUGUUGGAAUACUUGCUAAAUGAACAGUACAUGGCUGACAUAAAUACAACGACAUCAAGUAUGAAAGGUGCACUCAUGAAGGCCUUCAGUCAAGUGGUACAGGAACUCUGGGAAAGUGACGGUGAUCGUGUUGUUGACACAUUGUCUCUCAAGUCCCAAAUUCAGAGAUUUGCUCCACGUUUCAUGGGUUAUAGCCAACAAGAUGCCCAGGAAUUCCUUCGAUAUCUACUUGAAGGAUUGCAUGAAGAUGUUAAUCGAGUUACCAUUAAGCCACAGUCAAUUCACACAGAUAUACCCGAUACUUACUCAGAUAGUAUGAAGGCAACAGAAAGUUGGAAACGCUAUCUACGUAAUGAGGAUAGCAUAAUCGUAGAUGUCUUUGUUGGUCAAUUGAGAUCGUCGUUGCGUUGUACCAUCUGUGAUCAUGUCUCUGUCACUUUAGAUCCCUUUUGGGACUUAAGUUUACCAAUACCUUCAAGAAGUGGGACUGUUAAGCUGAAUCUUUGUUUAGAACAUUUUACUAGAGAGGAGGUGCUAGAUGGUGAUGAAAAACCCACUUGUUUUAAAUGUCAGACGAGAAGAAAGUGUACCAAAAGCUUUAGUAUACAAAAAUUUCCAAAAAUCUUAGUUAUUCACUUGAAACGAUUUUCACCAAUGGAAAGAUUUCGUGGCAAGUUGAAUGUUCUAGUGGAUUUUCCAUUAACAACUCUAGACCUUAGUGCCUUCGCAGCGCCUCGUGUUCAAGGCUGCACAUACAAUCUGUAUGGAAUUGCGAAUCACUCAGGCACUACACACUCGGGCCAUUACACAAGUUACUGCAAGCAUCCUUAUUCUGGAGAAUGGCACGAAUACAACGAUAGUAGAGUUACACCCGUUUCGGCGCGUUCAGUCGUCUCGAAUGAGGGUUAUGUCCUCUUUUACGAACAACAACCUCAUAACUCACACUUGUAAUUUUCAAGGAAAAGAAAGUUCCUGCCAUUACUACUACACAUAGGAUUUAAGAAACCAUCUUGUCUUCCUGUCCUUCGUCUCUUUUUUUCUUUGUUGCCACACUCACAUAUUUUUUUUCUUAACAUCCUUGUUU